GACCCGCAGGUGGGGCUCCUGCAGGACCCCUGCCAGACUGUCUGUAGUAUAUGUAAAUGAGAGAAGGCUAUUUUAUCAAUGAAAGCUAUUUUAAACAGUGUUUGCAUAAAUGAACCCUCCGCAAAAUGUUUUGCAGCUUGUAAAAUAAACAUCAUGGGCAAUUCGCAGCUCCUCGGGGCUCCCUUGUGCAGCUCCCCGGCCCCUCGGUCUGCCCAAACAUCCCGGGAGGAUGCGGUGUGCGGAGGGAUGGAUGUGGCUGUCUGGCACUGGGGCCACACAGACAGGGCCGGCUGCUCCCAUCCGCAAAAUGUGGAGCAGGAGUCGGGUGGGAGAGGGAAUCGGGGAUGUGGGUGUGUUGGGAUGGAGGUGUCCCCUUGGCAGGAAGCCCCGCAGUUAGUGAGCAGGGAAGGGAAAGGAAAGGAGCCACAGGAUGGGAAUAGUUUCCUUUGGUGGUUAACCCAAGCCUGUCACUGCCUCCCCGUGUGUUCUGGAUAAUUAACAGCCCUUUCACCAUCAAAACGUGGGGUUAGGAUAAAUCACAGUUGCCAGCUGGCCAAGCAGCCUUUGGUUCGUCUCCUGGCGGCAUUGGUCUGGAAGUGCUUCAGUCCUGCCAGCGGAUGGACAGACACACGGACAGACAGGUCCAGCUCUGCUCCUGCACCUUCCACUCUGCACCAAGCUGCUCACAGAGCAAGUACCUGCGGGCCUCCUUCACAGGGAUUUCCUGUGGGAUUCACAGCGAGUUAUAAAUGCGGUGCUGGGGAGGCAGGGGGGGAAUCGAGCCGGAGCUGGGACAGCAGAGCCAUGCUGGGGACCGUGCUGCUGCUGCUGGUGCUGGCACGGCCGGCGUGCCCGAGCCCGGCCAGCGCAGCAAGCCGGCGAGCUGAGGCACUCAAGAGGCUGCUGGAAGUCUUUGGCAUCGAAGACCCUCCGCCCCCCCCAGCUCACUUCAAGCAGCCGCCCCAGUACAUGGUGGAUCUGUUCAACACCGUGGCCAACGCCGAUGGUGUCACCAAGAACCCCGAUAUCCUGGAGGGCAACACGGUCCGCAGCUUCUUGGAUAAAACUCACGGCGAGAAGAUGCGGUUCCUGUUCGUCCUCUCCAGCGUGGCCAAGAAUGAAAAGAUCUUGACAGCGGAGCUGCAUCUCUUCCGCCUCUGGCCAAAAGCCACCGACGGGCCCAAACGGCACCACUUCUGCCAGGUCAGCAUCUACCAAAUUCUGGACAAGACUGAACCGGACUCCCCCCAGGGGCAGAAGCUGCUGGCAUCCAGGCUCCUCUCACUGCAGGGCUCUGGCUGGGAGGUCUUUGCCAUCACACAGGCUGUUCGCGACUGGACCGAAGAUGAGAGUAGCAAUCGGGGUUUGCUGGUGACAGUCCAUGGCCUGGGCGGGAGCCCGCUCGACUCCCCUGCUGUACAGUUUGCGUCCAGCAGGGACCACCACGAGAGCAAGAAGCCCAUGCUGGUCCUGUUCACCGAUGACGGGCGCCGGGGAGCGUCCCUGCCCACGGCUGACUUCCCAGAUUUACAGCCUCAGGACCCUGUUCUUCCUGCCAAGAUGACAGUGCCCAAGCUGAACGGGCCACGCAGCACACGCUCACUGGACCGGCUCCAGCCCUGCCAGAGGCACCCCUUGUCCGUGGACUUCGAGGAGAUCGGCUGGUCCGGGUGGAUCAUCUCACCGCGGGGCUACAACGCCUACCACUGCAAAGGCUCCUGCCCCUUCCCGCUGGGCGAGAACAUGCGGCCAACCAACCACGCCACCGUGCAGUCCAUCAUCAAUGCCCUCAAGCUGAGUGAGGGGGUCAGCAGCCCCUGCUGCGUGCCGGACAAACUCCACUCCAUCAACCUCCUCUACUUCGACGACGAUGAGAACGUGGUCCUCAAGCAGUACGACGACAUGGUGGCUGGGAGCUGCGGCUGCCACUGAGGCAGGAGGAGCAAGUGGAGGCUGCUGCUGCUCCCUCUGGGAGCACCGGGAGGCGAUGUGGAAAUUUCCUCCUGCAGAGGAAUCUCUCUGCGAGGGUCUGUCCUGCAAAAUCCCGCAGCGGUACCAAAGAGACUGGGCAGAGCAGAGCAAGGAGGUGCCCGGCUCUGCCCAGGAGGGCUCAGGGCUGAACUGAAUCGAGCCAAAUGAGCCCACGGAGCUGGCAGCCCCGGGGGAGCGGCUCUGUGUCAGGGUGCCCCACGCAGGGUGUGCAGGUUUCCGUGCCUGCAAAGGCUUCCUGCAGGCUGUACUAUAUGUAAAUAGCAAGAGCACUAAUAUAUGACAGAAACUGCCUGUACAGUGGCCUGUAAAUGUCUGUACAUUGCUGCGUUUUGUAAAAUGAAGUCAGAGGAGCUAUUAAACGUGCUGUUCUCAGCGGGGUUUCUUCUGUGA